UGGAGGAAAUUUAUGACGGCUUGCAAAAUGCUAGGCCAUGCUUCCACUCCUCAGGCCGUUGCAAUACUACUCGGAGCCUGCAGGUGUCGCCGUUCCAACUCCAGUCUGCUCUGCAGACGAUCUCCAGCAGCUAUGGCUCUAUGUUCCGGUGACGUCACUACAGUCAUGGCUGGCGCGCCAGACACUGCCUCAAACGUAAACAUGGCCGACCCCGGCUCCUCGGUGACGGAGGGAUCCAAAAAAACGGUUUGCAGUUUUACGUUUAAGAAAACGACUAGAAAAUUCACCGCCGGACGGAAGCGGAGAGACGAGGAGCGGGAUAGCAGUGAAGAACAGGAUGAGGAGGAAGCAUCUGUGAUCAGAAGGAAGAAGCGGGAGACUGUCAACCCCAUGGUGCAGAAGACAAAGCAACGAGUGAAGGAGGUGGAUUAUAAAGCGAGCAGCAGCGAAGAUGAGGAGAAGUCAUCCAGCUCCAUAAGUGUGUCCUACAAAUCUACACGGUCAGCGAAACCUGAAGGCCCAGAUGAUAUGGGAGCAACAGCCACCUAUGAGCUGGACACAGAGAAGGACAAGGAUGCUCAGGCGAUAUUUGAAAGGAGCCAGAAAAUACAGGAGGAAAUAAAGGGAAAGGAAGAUGAUAAGAUUUAUCGUGGUAUGCACAAUUACCAGAAAUUCAUUAAACCUAAAGACACAUCCUUAGGGAAUGCAUCUUCUGGCAUGGUCAGAAAAGGCCCAAUCAGAGCCCCUGAACAUCUUAGAGCCACAGUGCGAUGGGACUACCAGCCCGAUAUAUGCAAAGAUUACAAAGAAACCGGAUUUUGUGGCUUUGGCGACAGUUGUAAAUUUCUUCACGACCGCUCUGACUACAAGCAUGGUUGGCAGCUAGAGCGAGAGCUGGAGGAGGGACGUUAUGGUGCCAAUGAUGAGGAGAAUUAUGAAGUGAGCAGCGAUGAAGAAGACCUGCCCUUUAAAUGUUUCAUUUGUAGAAAUUCUUUCAAGGACCCAAUUGUUACAAAAUGCAAACAUUAUUUCUGUGAGGGCUGUGCCUUACAGCAUUACCGCAAAUCCAAGCGCUGCUAUGUGUGCAACACACAAACUAAUGGAGUGUUUAACCCAGCUAAAGAAUUAAUUGCAAAGAUGGAAAAGCAGAAGGCCGACCAGGAAGACAGAGAUUCUGGAGAUGAACAGGGUUAGGGGAAGAUUUUGCAGCAUAUUUUUUUUUUUUUCACUUCAAUAAACUUUAUACAAGUCUAAAUGUGGUCUUGUUUUUGUAUUGUCAUAGAAUGACAAGGGAAGUUUAUUAAAGAAACAUCAAAACCUGUGCAGAGAAAAAGUUGCCCCUAGCCACCAAUCAGAUAGCUUCUUCCAUUUCCUAUGUGCAACUGGUCAACUUUUCCUCUGCACAGGUUUUGAUAAAUCUCCAUUCUAUACGUACCUAACAUCUUAGGUAAGAUACUGAUACAAAAUCCCAAUAUUACAUCCAAGCGUCUAGCAGUGUUACCCAACCAGGGUACUUCCAGGUAUUGCAGAACUACAACUCACAGGAUGCCCGGCCAGCCUUGGGCUGUCCAGGCAUGCUGGGAAUUGUACACUGCUCACAAAAAAAGAACACUAAGAUAACACAUCCUAGAUCUGAAUGAACUAAUCGUA